GGAUGAACAAAAAGCCCCAAGACAAGGACGCCACUUAUGAGCGAGGAAGGUAACACAGCAAGGAGCAGACAGAUGGACAGAUUGGAUACUGUGAAAAGCAAUCGCAGGAAGCAGGCUGUUGGGGGAUGUGCGCAUGUUCGAUAGCAUCUUUUUUGCUGAAGUGAUGGCGUGCCAAAACUAUUUUCUGUGGGUAUAAUCCUCGCACCAUAAAUGGCCUGACCAAGGAAGCGAGCCAUUUGCAGACAAUUACUCAAAAUGAACAAAAGAAAAUGAAUACCAAAGAAUAGCAGUGGAUUCAAAAACGAUCGGAAAAGCAUUUUGCUUGGCCAUUGUCUCAUAUCCCUGUGUUGGAUUCUUACAACAUGCUUCAGUGGAGAAGACGACACUGCUGCUUUGCAAAGAUGACCUGGAAUACCAAAAGGUCUCUGUUUCGCACCCAUCUCAUUGGCCUGAUCUCUCUCGUAUUUCUUUUUGCUAUGUUUCUGUUCUUUAAUCAUCACGACUGGCUGCCAGGCAGGGCUGGAUUCAAAGAAAAUCCCAUGGCUUACACUAUACGAGGAUUUAGAUCUACAAAAAGCGAGACAAACCACAGCUCUCUAAGGAACGUGUGGAAAGAUGCUGUACCUCAGACGCUCAGGCCUCAAACAGUCACCAACUCCAACAACACGGACCUGUCACCGCAAGGAGUAACUGGUUUGGAAAACACCCUCAGUGCCAAUGGAAGUAUAUACAACGAGAAAGGUACUGGGCAUCCAACUUCCUAUCAUUUCAAAUACAUCAUCAACGAGCCUGAGAAGUGCCAGGAGAAGACCCCUUUUCUAAUAUUGCUCAUAGCUGCAGAGCCAGGCCAGGUGGAAGCUAGACAAGCUAUUCGACAAACUUGGGGUAAUGAAAGCCUGACACCUGGCAUCCAAAUUGUUCGUAUUUUUUUGCUGGGGUUAAGUCUCAAGAUAAACGGAUACCUCCAGCGUACCAUACUAGAGGAAAGCAGACAGUACCAUGACAUCAUUCAACAAGAAUACUUAGACACCUACUAUAAUUUAACCAUUAAAACUCUGAUGGGAAUGAACUGGGUUGCAUCUUACUGUCCACACGUUCCAUACGUUAUGAAAACUGACAGUGAUAUGUUUGUCAAUACUGAAUAUUUAAUACACAAGCUUCUGAAACCAGAACUUCCUCCAAGGCACAAGUAUUUUACAGGUUAUUUAAUGAGAGGUUAUGCACCUAAUAGGAACAAGGAUAGUAAGUGGUAUAUGCCACCUGAUUUGUAUCCAAGUGAACGUUAUCCUGUAUUCUGCUCUGGAACUGGUUAUGUUUUUUCUGGAGAUUUAGCAGAAAAAAUCUUUAAAGUCUCCUUAAGCAUCAGACGUUUACAUUUAGAGGAUGUAUAUGUGGGGAUCUGUCUUGCCAAGCUGCGAAUUGACCCUAUGCCUCCACCCAAUGAGUUUGUCUUCAAUCACUGGCGAGUUUCUUACUCCAGCUGUAAAUAUAGCCACCUAAUUACCUCCCAUCAGUUCCAACCUAGUGAACUGAUCAAAUACUGGAACCACUUACAACAAAAUAAGCACAAUGCCUGCGCCAAUGCAGCGAAAGAAAAGGCAGGCAGGUAUCGCCAUCGUAAACUGCACUAGAAGGACAACGCUCCCUGUCAAACGUACUCCAUGUGCAAUUUGUAAAUACCACUGAACGCAUGUACAGUGAAAAUGGAUGAGCUUAAUGGGACAGCUUUUAGUUGAUCCCCAUCACAUAGUGGAGUCUGAAAAUUA